GUGACGCAAUGCAACCACGACCACUGAUUGGCUGAUUUCAGUCAUGGUCCCGCCCCGCGCGAAGGUUUGAAAUCGGCUUUGUGGUCGACGGAAAAGUUGAGGGUCGGAGGCAGGAAAUACCAUUCGGCAGAAAUGGCUCCCAGGAAAAGAACUACGAACAAACGGAAAAACAACCCAAGGACGGCCAAGCUUGAAGCUUUUCUGCAGGAUUUCGACAGCGAAGUGGAAACCAGAGUCAUAUGUAUGAAAGAGAAGAUCAACCAGCUGCUGAAAGAUGUCGACAACAGUUACAACAUGGCACUCAUUAAGCUCCCAAGCGCCAUCAGGCAAACGCCGUGGAUGGAACACUUCAAGCCUGAGAAACCCAAGUCACCAGAGGUGGAUAACACAAAAACAGAAGAAAAGGCUGCGAUUGCUGAGAGUGUGGUGGCUGCUGAGGACCAUGCAGCCCUUCUGAAGUCAGUCAAGAAAGUGUCGAAGAAGAAAGUUGGAUCCAAGUCCAGUUCAGAGGAUGAAAACACCCCCAGCACCACAAGAAAGGGAAGAGCAGCAAAGAAACCUCCAACUACAUCAAAGAGAACAAAGGCACUGUCUGUCAGCAAGCAGAACACGUCCAUCAGAAAAUCAAACAGGAAGCCACUGGUCACUCCUGCCAGGAGUAUACUGGAUUCUUCUCUGAUGAUGGGACCGACUCCUCUCAUCACACCGCGCUUCGACCCAAGGCUGCCUAAGACCCCCGCUGUGAGAGUUCCCCGCCACAAAGAGAGGGUCUACAGCAUCUCAGUCAAUGGCUCUCCCAUCGCUGGUGGAAAUGAAGACAUUGUCAUCAAUGUCCCCAUCGGUAACGGAGAGAGCAUUCAGCUUUUGGCCAGUCAGAUGGACUCGGUGGAUCUGUCUCUGCUGGAUGAAACGGCUCUAAGGAGCAUUCGACUGCUGCAGAAUCGCCUCACAACUCUGUGUGGAACGUCAGAGUGACCCGUCCAUCUGCUGUAGUCUUGUACAUUACUUCUUAGACUUUAUUGUGAAGCUUUUUAUCGUCAGUGUGACUUGAGCCACACUUCUUUUUUUUACAUCUGAAAGGUGGGGUUUUAAAUAAGUUAUCACACACAAAUGUUCUGAAAAAAAAAAAAAACUGGUUUUGCCAUUAGUUAUUUUUUACUGGAUAUAGUUUUCUUUCUACACAGUACAUUCACUGAAAAGCAUCCAACUAAUGAGAACUGUUAAAUGUGGUGUAGAUGUGUCAUUUCACUACUUUUGUCACAUCUGCACGAGUUAAAGUCAUUUAGGCUUUAUCCUACUGUUGACUUUUGCUCAGGUCUUUUUCAUUUUAGUGCUGUUUUCACUCUUACAUGUGGUCUACUUUCUCAAAUCUUUUUUUCCUCUAUUUUCCAAGUCCAUCCCUUUUUUACAUUUUUGUGUACGUUAUAUUUUUGUCAUUGUUGAAUCAUCCUGUGUUUCCAUAAAUCAGCAUACAGUCACAUCUUUAGGCCAAAUAUGACCUUUUUGUACAUAUUUUAUAUUUUUCCCUUGUUCUAAAGCUGAUAAAGGAUUUUGACCACA